CUGAUGCGGCUGCGCGUCUUCCGCCGCAAGGCGCGCGAGAAGCGCGGCUUGGUGCUGGUCAGGGGCCGGCAGCUCAUCCAGCAGAUCGGGGAGCGCUUCCCGUUUCACAGGGUCUACACGCACGAGGCGCGGGACGCGUGGGGGGGCUACGCGGCAGAACGGGUCGUGCGCGUCGAGCGCGGCGUGCUGAAGCACGUGCUCAUCCGCCCGGGCAGGGGCCGCGUCUCCAGGCACCUGGACGACGACGAGCUCGUCGUCGGCACCGUCGAGCAGCCAGAACCCGCCGCCGAGUUCGGGGCCUCCGCGCGCUGGAUCCUGGCGCUGGACGGGGUGAAGCACGCCGAGAACAUGGGCGCGCCCCUGGGAUCGAAGAGCCAGGGGCGGCACAUCGCAGGCCUAGAG